UCCUGUCCUAAAUGUCGGUAGGCGAUAUAUUGACAGAGACUGGAGUUCACACCAGCUGUGCUGUCAGAGUGCUUCCACUUCUGAGUGUUUAUCGUCAUCCCUCUGACACAGCCUGCAGAGAAGCCUGCAGGUCGCUUUAGUGUUGGGGGCAUGGAACCUCUGCAGAAGGAGGCGAAGGAUAAUCCGUCGGCUUCAGCUAAUCUUCUCUCCAAGAUUUUCUUCUGUUGGCUGAAUCCCUUGUUCAGAAUUGGGUACAAGAGAAAGCUGGAAGAAGAUGACAUGUACAAAGUUCUCCCAGAGUAUGCAUCUGAUAGACUUGGAGAGGAACUACAGUGUCACUGGAAUCAAGAAGUUCAGAAGGCUGCCAAAGAGUUGCGGCCACCCAGACUCUCCACAGCUCUCAUUCAGUGUUAUUGGAAGUCAUACUCACUCAUUGGGAUAUACAUCUUUGUAGAGGAAGUUAUCAAAGUCAUUCAGCCAGUGCUGCUUGGGAAGCUGAUUGAGUACUUUGAGAGAUAUGACCCAACUCAUCCAGCUUCAGUCGAUGAGGUUUACGUCUAUGCUGCAGGCAUCUCGCUGUCCACCAUCACCCUGGCUCUCCUUCAUCAUCUGUAUUUUUAUCAAGUCCAGUUAGCAGGCAUGAAGAUUCGUGUGGCCAUGUGCCAUAUGAUCUAUCGGAAGGCUCUUUGUCUUAAUAGCUCAGCGCUGGCCAAAACCACCACAGGACAGAUUGUCAACCUCUUAUCCAAUGAUGUCAACAAAUUUGACGAGGUUACCUUAUACCUGCACUUUUUGUGGCUUAGUCCUCUUCAAGCAAUAUCUGUGUUAUUAUUGUUGCUGUAUGCGAUUGGCCCAUCGUGUCUCGCGGGAAUGGCUGUCCUCUUCAUUCUGUUGCCAAUACAGACCAUGUUUGGUCGUUUGUUCUCGCGUCUCAGGGCUGAAACAGCUGCGCUAACAGACGAACGAAUCCGCACAAUGAAUGAAGUUAUCUCUGGGAUUAGAGUUAUAAAGAUGUACGGGUGGGAGAAGCCUUUUGGUACGCUGGUGGAUGAGGUCAGAAGAAUGGAAAUCUGCAAGAUCAUGCAAAGCUCCUACCUUCGUGGCCUGAACAUGGCCUCUUUCUUUGUGGCCAGCAAGAUGGUCAUCUUCUUCACCGUCUGCGUUUACGUGCUGACAGGAAACAAGCUGUCUGCUAGCAGAGUUUUUAUGGCUGUUUCCCUCUAUGGAGCAGUCAGACUCACCAUCACGCUCUUUUUUCCCUUUGCCAUAGAGAAAGUCUCUGAGUCUCUCAUCAGCAUCCAAAGGAUUAAAACAUUUCUGUUGCUGGAAGAAGUUGCUCCUCAACAUCUGGGACUUCCUGUGGCAGAGAAGAAGGACUGCAUGGUGAAAAUUCCGGAUUUAGUAUGCUACUGGGAUAAGAAUCUUGAAGCUCCAUCUUUACAGAAUGUGUGUUUCACAGUGAGACCUGAGCAGCUCCUGGCAGUUAUUGGACCUGUUGGAGCUGGAAAGUCCUCACUCCUGAGUGCCAUACUGGGAGAGCUGAGUCAGGAAAGUGGUGUGAUCAAAGUCAAAGGAGAGCUGACAUACACUUCUCAGCAACCCUGGAUUUUACCCGGCACAAUUCGGAGCAACAUCCUUUUUGGCAAGGAGCUCAACCUCAAGAAGUAUGACAGAGUUCUGAGAGCCUGCGCUCUCAAGAGAGACAUGGACAUGUUGCCUGGUGGUGAUUUGGCAAUGGUUGGAGACAGAGGGGCCAAUCUCAGUGGGGGACAAAAAGCUAGGGUCAGCUUGGCAAGAGCAGUUUAUCAGGAUGCAGACAUCUACCUGCUAGAUGACCCUCUCAGUGCUGUGGAUGCUGAAGUGGGGCGGCAUCUCUUUGAAGAGUGCAUUUGUGGACUUUUAAGGAAGAAGCCUCGUAUUCUGGUCACUCAUCAACUGCAGUAUCUGAAGGCUGCAGAUCAGAUUGUUGUCUUAAAGGAGGGCCAGAUGGUGGCACAGGGGACCUACAGUGAGCUGCAAGGCUCUGGACUAGAUUUCACCUCCCUGCUUAAGGAGGAACAAGAGGAGAGACAAGACACAACAACUCAACCUGGGACUGUCUCCUGCUUCCCUGCACUCUCUGACAACUCUUCUAUGUCUUCUCUGUCCUCUUCUCGGUAUUCUUUGAUUGAGGGAGCAGAGCCUCUUGCAGUGGUAGUGCAACCAGAGGAGGAAAGCCGCUUAGAAGGAAACGUUGGCCUGCAUAUAUAUGUGAAAUAUUUCUUGGCAGGUGCUAACUUCCUGGUCCUUUUGGUCCUCUUUGUACUCAAUGCCCUAGCUCAUAUUACAUUUGUCCUGCAGGAUUGGUGGCUUGCACGCUGGGCCUCUGAACAGAAGCACAUUAGUGUGACAGAGCACCUCAAUGGCAGCUACCCCCAGCAGCUGGACCUUGACCUGUACCUAGGUGUUUACGCAGGUUUAACAGCGACCUCAGUUUUGUUUGGCUUUUUUCGCACUUUAGUUUUCUUUAAUGUCCUUGUGAAAUCAGCCCAAACCCUUCACAACAACAUGUUUAACGCCAUCCUCCGGACCUCAGUCCAGUUUUUUGACAUCAACCCAAUUGGAAGAAUCCUCAACAGAUUUUCAAAGGACAUUGGCUACCUGGACUCUCUGCUUCCAUGGACGUUUGUGGACUUCACCCAGGUAUUUCUCCAAGUCAUCGGAGUGAUUGCGGUAGCUGGUGUCAUCAUUCCCUGGAUUCUUAUUCCUGUUGUUCCACUUCUUAUUGUCUUCCUGUUUCUACGACACUACUUCCUGCAGACCUCCAGGGACAUCAAGCGCCUAGAAUCUACAACUCGGAGUCCUGUCUUCUCCCAUCUCUCUUCCUCCCUCCAAGGCCUGAGCACCAUCCGUGCCUUCAGGGUUCAGCAGAGGUUUCAGCAAAUGUUUGAUGAAUAUCAAGAUCUUCACUCAGAAGCCUGGUUCUUAUUCCUGACUACCUCUCGCUGGUUUGCUGUGAGACUGGAUGGAAUUUGUUCUGUUUUCGUCACCAUUACCACUUUUGGUUGCCUCUACCUCAGGGAUGGACUGGAACCAGGUGCUGUGGGUCUGGCUCUGUCUUAUGCUGUUACACUAACAGGCAUGUUCCAGUGGGGCGUCAGACAGAGCGCAGAGAUUGAAAACAUGAUGACAUCAGUGGAGAGAGUGGUUGAAUAUGCAGAGCUGGAGAGUGAAGCACCUUGGGAGACAGACAAGAAGCCCCCGGACAACUGGCCCCAGACGGGCUCCAUCAUCUUUGACAGAGUCAACUUCUCUUAUAGUGCAAACGAUCCUUUGGUCCUAAAGAGUCUGAGUGUUGUCUUCACAUCCAGAGAAAAGGUCGGCAUUGUUGGACGCACUGGUGCUGGUAAAAGCUCCCUGAUCUCUGCUUUGUUCCGGCUGGCAGAACCUGAGGGGAGAAUAACGAUUGAUGGCUUUCUGACUUCUGAGAUUGGUCUGCACACACUGCGCCAGAAAAUGUCAAUCAUCCCACAGGACCCAGUUAUCUUCACGGGCACCAUGAGGAAAAAUCUGGACCCUUUCAGGCAGCACACAGAUGAGGACCUGUGGAAUGCACUCCAAGAGGUGCAGAUGAAGGCUGUGGUGGAAGACCUUCCCAAUAAGCUGGAAACCGUGCUGACUGAAUCAGGCUCUAACUUCAGCGUGGGCCAGAGGCAGCUGGUGUGUCUGGCCAGGGCCAUCCUACGGAAAAACCGUAUUCUCGUUAUCGAUGAAGCCACAGCCAAUGUAGACCCGAGAACUGACAGCCUCAUCCAGCAGACUAUCCGGGACAAGUUUCAGGCAUGCACAGUCCUCACCAUUGCUCACAGGCUCAACACUAUCAUUGACUGUGACAGAAUACUGGUUCUUGAUGCUGGUAGGAUCCAAGAGUAUGACGAGCCUUAUAUGCUGCUUCAGAACCAAGAUGGGCUCUUCUUCCAGAUGGUCCAACAGACAGGCAGAGCUGAGGCUGCGUCACUGCUGCAAACAGCCAAACAGGUUUAUACGGACAAAAAGCGAGUGACUGACACGCGCUGUGCUGAGGACGUCUGUGUCAUCUUUGAGACGUCCCUUUGACGGUUUGGAGAUUCACCGCGGUCUUCUCAUGUUAGCCAUCAAUGGCCAAAUCUUCUACCAGAUACACUUAAAUCCCUUGAUGUCCACUAAAACAUCUUCAGACUUCCAGAAGGCAUCGUAGGUGUAGUAUGUGUUGCGUUUGAUUGACAAAGAUGCGUGGCCUGGAACUGAGAAGACUCAAGUAUCUGAAGCAGGCUGUGUCUUUCAUUGACUGCAUAUUACUGCUUGCUUGUUAAUUGAUUACACACUCCUGUGUUUAUGUAUGUGUUCUGGCCUUCUGGGUAUCUUCAAUUCUGCACUGGUGCUCAAAAGAGUUUUAAAAAAGAGUUCAGAUAUUGGAUGCAUUUAUUCCAGUGCAAUAAAUUAUUGGUGGCUUGAAUUAUUCUUUUAAAGCAAACAUUGUUUUGUUGGUCUGAAGGCUUGUCAUGAUUUGGAAAGACAAGUAGACCCUGAGAGGAGACACCAGUGUGUGUUUGCAGUAAUUAUUGUGCCUUCAUCAGACUAUUGAUUCUUAGUAAUUGCACUGUUUUAAUUGAAUGAUUUUCCUGCACUUUGACUGUAGUGGUUUUACAGGAUGUCUACCUCAGCUCUUGUCAGCAAAUAACUGUAAUGUUUGGCAACAAUAUCUAAUACCAGGGGAUGUGGGACAGAUCUUUAAUGCCUCUGAAGAGUUUUCUCCAGUGCACUAUUAACUUUCUGUCUUUACACUUUUGUUAAUUGUACUGCUGUUGUUUUAAAGAAUGUAGAACUUUCCUUUAUUAUUGAUGUUUAGCAGUUUUAACACAGUCUUAUUGAUAGAAGUAUUUGUCUGAGUUUAUCAUAAAUAAUAAAAAAACAU